GAUCGGGAGAGGUGGAGGCCGGCGAGGGCGAUGGAGGAGGAGGUGACGGGGAGCGGCGGGGGGAUUGGGAGGAAGAUGGCUGCGGGGGAGGUGGAGCUGAAGGAGAAGUCGGGGACGGCGUGGAGCCACUCGUACCUGAACCAGAAGCCGUGGCACCCGCUCUCGUACCCAAACCAGCGCCGCAAGUGGAUCGCCGAGCAGGUCCACGCCAACCGCGCGCGCCGCCAGGAGGAGGUGCAGCGGGAGUUUGCGCAGGAGCAGGAGUUCUUCCGGCAGACCUCGCUCUUUUCCAAGAAGGACAAGGAGAAGAUGGAGGUAAUGAAAGCUGUGAGUUUUAUGUACGUGCGCCCACCUGGCUACAAUGCAGAGAGUGCAAAAGCUGCUGAAAUUGAAGAUGAGAAGAAAAAGUCAGAUCCAGGUGACAUGGCUCAAGGUGCAGCAGCAGCAAGUACCUCUUCAAUGCCUGACAAGGGACCUGAAAAGACUCAAGCAGGUGCAGAUAAGAAAAAUAGACCAAAAGAUGUUUUUGGUCGGCCAUUGCCAACAGAACAAGAAUUCGAGGUUCUCAAAAAUGCUCCAAGGUUAGAAACAGGUGCUCCUGUAAGAAUUAAGCCAUUUGGAGUUGAAGUUCGUAAUGUUAGAUGUUUAAGGUGUGGAAACUAUGGUCAUCAAAGUGGUGACCGGGAAUGUCCAUUGAAGGAUGUGAUCAUGCCUAACGAGGAGAGUCGAUUGAAAAGGGAUGAUCCACUUACAACUAUUAUGGCACAGACUGAUUCAAGUGAGCCUUUGAAAUGGGAACUUAAGCAAAAGCCUGGCAUGAGCCCUCCUCGUGGUGGAUUCGACCCAGAUGAUCCUAAUCAGCAGAUUGUGGCAGAAGACAUCUUUGAUGAAUAUGGAGGUUUUCUGGGCAACUGUGAUAUUCCAGCUCUCAUUUCCAACUUUACUGCUAGCAAAUCCAAGAAACGUUCCAAGAAGAAAAGCAAGCAUAAGCAGGUUGAAUCUGCUAUUCUUAAGGAAUCCAGUAGACAUGAAAGCAGUUACCAUUUAUCAUCGGACUCUGAAGAUGAGAAGAGAAACAAUACAUCAAGAAGCAAAAGAAGGAAAAAAUAUUGUUCUGAUUCAUCACGUUCUGAUUCUGAGGUGGAUGCUAGAAAAGGCAAGCAUAAGUCAAAGCAUAAGCAUAAGAAAAAACACCAGUCAGAGUCUUCUUCUGAUUCAGAAGUUGAGGUUGGUGAAGAUACAAGGAGGCAUCUGAAGAGGGAACACAGGAAGGAGAAAAGAGAGGAGUCACCAUCGUCCUUCUCUAAGGAUAAAGGAGACACAGAAAGCAAGAGGCAUUCAAGGCGUUCAAGGGAGAAGCGCCACUACAGUUAUUCAUUGAGUUCUUCUGAGAGUGAGAAGCAUUCUCUACGACACAAGGAAAAACAAUAUUACAGUGAGUCGAGUUCUGGUCGGAGCCAUCGACACUCAAGGAGAUUGAGGGAAAAGAGAUAUGACAGCGAGUCAAGUUCUCCUGACGCCAACAGGCGGCCGAGGAGAUCAAUGGAGAAGCAGCGCCAUACUGAUUUGAGCCCGCAUCAUACCGACAGGCAUUCACAGAGAUCAAGCGGUAAGCGAGACUAUACUGAGUCGAGCCGUUAUGAAAGCAAUAGACAUUCAAGGAGAUCCCGGGAGAAACGACUCUACUCUGAUCCUAGCGCCUCUGAUUACUCAGACUCUGAUCGGCACAACAAACACCGCCAUCAUCCUAGGAGAAAUUGAUCCGCACGGCGUAUGUAAAUUGCCCACUCCACAGUGUAUAUCUGGGGAUCACUUUCUGAAGAUCACCAGGAUCCACUUGAGUCUGGUAUUUGGUGACCGCCUCAGGGCCGCCCUCUGUGAUGUAACAGUAAUGUAGUUGUUCCUUAACGAUUGUAUUGUCGUAGCAUGUGAUAGGGGUCCCAGAAUGUUGGUGGUGGUUUAAUUUUGUGCGUCAGGCUGCGUUUGGGCUUUGGUGCUGUGGACUCGCUAAUAAACUUUUUUUUGGGUGAAAUAUAACGCUUCUUUGCGUGAAUUUUUCCCAAA